UGAGCAGCACCAGGCUCUCCUCCACGGGCCCCACAGGCUCAGCGCCUGGCAGCACGAGCACAGGGAGCCGUGGGCUCAGCCUCCGUGGCAAGGAGUCUUGCUAGAGUUUCUCAGGAUGUUGGGGGCUGUGAGUGCAACCUGUGUUCCUGAAGGAUCACCCUGCUGAGCUGGGGUGGGAACCUGAGUCAGCGCCGGCACAGCCGGUUCUGCUGGACUGGACCAUAUUGGGGCAGGCAGAGGAUGUCGCGAGCCAUGCAAUGCCAGAGCUGCCUGCCCUGGGGCAGCUGGACACAGCUUCAUCGAUCCCUGCUGGGGAGCAGGGGGACCCGGAGUGUGUAUCUGUGUGCUGCUUCAGUGCCAGGCGCUGCAGGCAGCUACUUCCUCAGGAAGAUCCUUCGCGCAAGCAGCAUCUCCCUCUCCAGGGGCUGUGUUCGCUAUGAGGGAGGGUCCCAGGAGCACUCUGUAAAACCCAGCUCCUCUCGCCAUGGCCUGUCCCAGCUGAGGAACGUGGCCUCUUCUGAUGCCAUCAAGAAACACCAGAAGAGCCUGUCUGCGUGGUUCAGCCACCAGCCCAAUGAAGAGAGGCAGUUUGGCCCUUCCUUCUCGCUGGACGCAGUCCAUGUGGACCCAGUGAUCCGGGAGAGCUCUCUGGAGGAGAUCCUGAAGCCCUCACCUGACCUAACCAUCCAGAACCAGCUCCAGCAGCCCUGCAGCCAGGUUAUCAGCCUCCAGAACCUUUUCGAUGUGGAUGCCUGUGGGCGGCAGGUGAAGAAUGUGGUGCUGUAUGGCACUGUGGGCACGGGGAAGAGCACCCUCAUCAAGAAGAUGGUGGUGGACUGGUGCCAUGGUCGCCUACCCCGCUUUGAGUUGGUCAUCCCCUUCUCCUGCGAGGACCUGUCGCAUAGUCGUGCCCCCAUCUCCCUGCGACGCCUCAUAACCAAGAAGUACCAGCACCUCCGGGACGUGGUGCCGAUGCUGGGCAUUUCCAACCUCAAGGUGCUUUUCAUCCUCAAUGGCCUGGAGCGCCUCAACUUGGACUUCCGACUGGCUGGCACAGAGUUGUGCUGUGACCCCAAUGAGCCUGUGCCUCCCUCUGCCAUCGUGGUCAACCUGCUACGAAAAUACCUCCUGCCAGAGGCCAGCAUCAUCGUCACCACGCGCCCAUCGGCAGUGCGCCGGAUCCCCGGCAAGUAUGUGGGCCGCUACGCAGAGAUCUGUGGCUUCUCUGACACCAAUCUGCAGAAGCUGUACUUCCAGAUGCGUCUCAGCCAGCCUGGCUGCAGUGGAGAGGGCAGUACAGGUAGAAGCUCAGGCGAGCAGGAAAACUUGGUGGAGAUGUUGUCAAGGAACUUGGAGCGCCACAACCAAAUUGCCGCUGCCUGCUUCUUGCCCUCUUACUGCUGGCUGGUGUGCACCACUCUGCACUUCCUCUACUUCACCAGGACGGUGCCUCCCAGCCAGACCCUGACUGGCAUCUACACCAGCUUCCUGAGGCUCAACUUCAGCGGGGAGGUGCUGGACAGCACCGACUCCACCAACAUCUCCAUGAUGAAGUACGUGGCCAAGACAGUGGGCAAGCUGGCCUACGAAGGGGUGAUGUCCCGCAAGACCUGCUUCACAGAGGAUGACCUGCAGCAGUGCUUUGAGGUGGAGAUGAAGACUGAAAGUGAACUCAACCUCCUGGAGGUCUUCCGCAGCGACGUCUUCCGCUUCUUCCUCACUCCGUGUGUGCAGCUAGGCAAAGAGCACACCUUUGUCUUCACCAUCCCUGCUAUGCAGGAGUACCUGGCAGCCCUGUAUGUUGUGCUGGGUGAGAAGAAGACCCUGGCACAGAGAGUGGGGAAGGAGCUGUCAGAGCUCAUUGGGAAGGUGAGUGAAGAUGUCGCUGUCGUCCUGAGUAUCGUCUCCAAGGUGCUGCCCUUGCGCUUCCUGCCAGUGCUCUUCAACCUGCUCAAAAUCUUCCCUCGCUACUUCUCCCGGCUGAGCGGUAAGGACCGGGAUGCUAUUGCUCACACCAUGGCAGAGGAGCUGUUCAAAGAGGAGGACUACUACAACGAUGAUGUCUUGGACCAGAUCAAUUCCAGCAUCCUGGGCAUGGAGGGCCCCAUGCGCCACCCUGAUGAGGUCCCUGAUGAUGAGGUCUUUGAGCUCUUCCCCAUCUUCAUGGGGGGGAUACUGUCCCGCCGUAACCGUGCCAUCCUGCAGCAGCUGGGCUGCUCCAUCAAGAACCUGGCAGCCUUUGAGAUUGCCAAUGCCAUGAAGAAGACGGUCAUCAGGAACAGCCGCAAGGGGCUGCCCCCCUCCGAGCUGAUGGACUACCUCUUCUUCCUGCAUGAGUUCCAGAACGAGCGCUUCACAGCUGAGGCCAUCCGCUCCCUCCGGACUGUCAACCUCUCAUCCGUCAAGAUGACCCCUCUCAAGUGCUCUGUCCUGGCGUAUGUCAUGGGCACCACGUGCCACGAGGUGGAGGAGCUGAACCUGACCUCCUGCAACCUUGACACAAGCAGCUUGAGGAUCCUCUUCCCUGUCCUGCUGCGAUGCAAAGCUCUUCAUCUGCAGCUCAACAGCCUGGGCUCUGAUGCCUGCAAGGAAAUCCGCGACCUGCUCCUGCAUGACAAGUGUGUGGUGAGCAACCUGCGGCUGGCAAAUAACCCUGUGGGCGAGCAGGGGGCACAAUACCUGGCUGAGGCGCUGGCCGGCAACCACUCACUGACCCAUUUGUCCCUGCUGCACACCACACUGGGGGACCGGGGCGCCGAAGUCAUUGCUCAGCACCUGGCCAAGAACCAGCACCUCCAGGAGCUCAACCUGGGCUACAACUCCCUGACAGACACAGCCGCCCUGCACGUGGUGGAGGUGGCCAAAAAGCAUGCGACGCUGGACAAAGUGCAUCUGUACUUCAAUGACAUCAGCGAGGAUGGCAAGCGGGAACUUGACAGCUUACGCAUGGACCGGGACGGUGUCAGAGCGCUGGUCUUCCUUACAGCAGGCACUGACGUCUCUGACUACUGGUCCAACAUCCUGAACGUGGUGCAGAGGAACUUGCCUUUCUGGGACCGUGAGCGGGUUCGGCAGCACCUUGUCCUCAUCCUGCAGGACCUGGAGAGCAGCCGGAGACAGACUGCCAACCCCUGGAGAAAAGCCAAGUUCCUACGAGUCGAGAGUGAGGUCAAGAAGAUGCUGGGGAAACUGCAGCACGAGAACCUCUAACCUGCUGUCCAUCCCCCUGGCCAGGGUGCUGCUGGGGAGGAAACACUGGAUUGUGCCCUGGCAGCACAUCCCCUGCGCCCUUAUCUGUGUGGAGAUGCCUAGUGGUUGGGUGCUACCAAGGCUGUCAAAGGUGCUGGGCAUGUGGGGCUCAGCCCUCAUCUGCGGGCAAGGCUGAAGUGUGGGAGAACUGUACAGAGACCAGACCAGGAGCAACUGGGACUUGUUCUUCUGGGCUUGUAGAGACCCAGCCCCUGCACGAGGCAGAGCAGUGGCAGAGGGGCAGGACUCAGGCUUGCUUGUGAAACCUUUGGUAGCAUUAAAGUGCACCGCUUUGUUUCCACUGAA